AAACUAUAAGAUGCGUAGUGAGUUUUACACAGGUUUAAUGCAUGGAGUCUGUGUUCAUUUUUAUAGUUCCAAUAAUCCUGUCUUUUUUUCGAUAAUGCAGAGAUGGUGGGUGGAGCAGACAUCGUAAUCCUGGACUGGACUUCGAGGAUUAGGCUGAGAUUGUCUGGACAGCGCAGUGGGAGCAGAUUGAGGCUGUUUUCUCACACACACAGUCUCAGAAAGAGCUCAGGGGUAAUUAACGAUUUGAACUGUGAUUGGUCCAUUUUGUUAAACUUCUCAGGAUUUCAUGUAUUGUUACUCACUCAGUGCAGUUUUGAGUUUAUGCCCCAUGGGUGACCCUGAGAUUCCAGACCACACAUACAGUGUGUGGUCUGAAAAAGACCAUUUAUAGCCCCCAGAUUAUAUAGACAGCCUAAAAACAAGCUGCUUUUGCACCUCCUUGUUAGGUGUAGUACAAUCCCAACAGGUUUUCAUUCAUGUCAAGCUUUAACAUUCAGUUCAGUACAAAGCACAUACAGCUGAGAGCUCAGCAGCCAGUAAUUCAUCACUGAGCUAUCAGAUUACAGUUGUUUAUGAGACUUCUGCUGUCUUUGCUGAGCUUCACUCAUGAAAUCUUUAUCAGUCUCAUCAGUGUAGUCACUUUCACUUUAGUCAGUUUCUUUUGUACAUGUAAAACCUGUGUCAGAAAUAUAGAAACAAUGAAACCAUGAAAAGAGUUAAUGUGGAUUCAAACUUUACAUCUACACGAACACAUCGACAUUUAGACCUUUUCAGCUUGUGAUUUGGGAUGUUCAUAUUAAUGUAUAAGACAAGAUUUUCUUAUAAUAUAGUUCAGCCAAAUUGUUCACAAUGUUCAACACGGCCAGGGGGCACCGAUGCAGAAAUAUCAAAACAUUACAACAUCAGCCCUGACAGAGAAGAAUUUAAAGCAACAGCAGUGUUUGACACAUAGGCAGCGAAGUCAGAUAAACAGUAGUAUGACUUGUUUCUUGCCAGGGCCUGUUGUCUUCCUCUUUGACACCUGUUAGAGCCUGAGGGUACGAGAGCUGCCAUUUCGAAGUAAACCAGGUCAUGAAAAUGAUCAACAACAACUGCUGGUGUGUGUCUUUAUUGAAACACAGAAGCACAAACAUAUCGGUAACCUUUUUCUUUUGUAAACGGGGGUUAAAGUGGGUUGGAUAUAGAUAUUCUUAUUUAAACAUUUCAUGACACCACUCAUACCCUUAACAUAUCCCUUCUCUACCUCGUACAGAUGUAAAUAAAGAUACGGUGGAAACUUGAAAUUAAAAUCUGUCAUCUUUAUAGUUUUAAAGUCAGGUCUUGGAUCAACACAGAAUGUUUUUUUGUGAAACAUCUUCCUAAACUAGUUGAAGUAUACUAAUUUUGUGUUAUUCAAAGGUUGCAUGAAAAUACUGCACUAAAGAGUUUGGAAUAGUUCAGUGCAGGAUAAACUGGUAGGCUGUGUUAUGGUGAAAUCUGAUCAGGCUUUGAUGUUUGUGGUCAAGAACAGCAGACAUCAAAUUAUGUUUAAGGUAAUGAUGGUGAUUUGAUUCACUCACCGAAAGCAGUCAGUAUCGGAGUAGCAGUACAGUUUAGCUAAUCAUAGCCUGCAAACAAAGAAAAAUACACUGGAACUCACAAAACAUGUUAUCAUGUGACGCCUAAUAUGAUUUUCCUCACGCUGCACUGCACCAAAUCCCAUCUUACUCCCCGGUUCAUAAUGUGAUAUAGUCAUUAAAAUUUUGCAAAAUUAAACAAUAAUUAAACCUUAAAAGGGGGGCAUCUAAAUUAAACUGUGAUUUGCCUGGUCCUGAAAAGCUAACAGUGGUUCAAUCAAUUUGUUCUAGGAACAGAGGAAAAUUCAGCUAAAGCCCUCCAGGCGUGAGGUUUCUUUAGUCUCUCAAUCAUAUGCUGACAAGUGGGUUAAAAUUUGGUUUACUGGUUUGCUUGAAUAUGAAAGUAGCUUGCUUGCUUAAUAAAACUGCCAUCUCUUUGUCGCCUGUCGGGACAUGUCUGCUGUGCACAGCACAAAAGAUGUGAGGGCAUGACAUCAUCAGAACUUUCUGCCUCUUUAAGCAAAAAGGCCCAAGAUAAAUGGUUUACCAUAAACAUGCACAAUCCUCAUCAAGCAAUUCCUUAGAUACGUUAACCUCAUUUUACAUAUUUAAAAAAAAAUCAAGGGGUAAGACUUGUAUGGAUAACUCAAAAUAAACAAAUCUGUAUUUUUGGCUGGUUUUACUGUUAACUGGCACCUUGAUAAUCAAAAUUAUUAUUAAUCAGCCAGUUGAUUAACUAUCAUCAAACGUUAAAGUAUAAAAAUGGCAUUGCAAAUAUUCUGUUUGAGCAGCAGAUUUAGGUCACCAACAUAAUCUCUGUGGCAGAUAUCCAUGUACUGUGAACUGUGUCAGCUGCAUCAUCAUCAUCAUCAUCAUCACCAUCAUCAUCAUCAUGGUGCUGCUGGUGGCUGUCAAAUCCACUGACUCAUAAACACCCACCACUUUGCCAUGUCAGCAUAUCGUAAUGUCAGUGUGUUUGUACAUUUCAUACUGACAAAUGGCUGCACAGACAGUGCUUAUGUGCAUGUGUGCGAGAGAGGUUUGUGUGUGUGUGUCUGCCAGAGCGUCUGUGUGUAAUCAGAAGAGUGUUUGCACAUGUUUUUAAAGUAAGCAGACCUACGCAGUUUAUAGCCUCCUUCUUAACCACAUCACACAAGCCACCUCGCCUGUGCCAUGCCUGUGUGUCUCUUCACAGGUCUUUUUUGUUUUCUGUAGAAACUGCAGUUGAGAUUUCAGAAGAAGUGUAACCUCCAGCGGAGAAAGGAGCUGUGCAUCGUGCGUUCUUGCAAAAAUCUGCGGGCCACUUUGAUUAGUAAUUGCAAGAUAUGCUACAUGUGAGUUUGAAUCCACCCACUUCACUUACCUCACAAAUACACAGUAAACAAAUGCAUGGUGUACACUCAACACCCACAGAGGAUGUAUAAAAUGACAUACGGAGAAAAGAUAUUUAGACUAAAAAGAUGCAUAGAACCGCAUGCUUGUUUAUCGCCCAUUUCCAAAUGUUUUCCGCUCUUCUUUCAGCCUCACAUCUACAACCGCAUGCGUCACGGCUACUGUAAGACAAACACCUAUUAUCCUCGAGAGACUGUUGACUCAAAUCUACCAGUAAGUCCACUCGAAGCCCUGGAAACACUCGUUUUGCAAUGGCAUGUCUCUGCCUGCCAAACACAAAGCCGAUAGCAUCAAUAAAGAAAAGUCACCGCCUCCUUGUUGCCACUCAAUGCAGGCACUUAUCUGGUUGAUGGAUCCCAGAAAAUGUGUAUAUGUAGUUGUUUUAUUUGUUGAUACAACCCUACAUCAGUGAUCUGAUUUUUUGGCAAAUCUUUCAGGUCUCAAGAAUUUCUAUGACUAGUUGACUGAUUGUUAGCAGUUGUAUCUGAUAUAUAAUAAACACGAAGGAUUUCUUUCCUUUCAUGAUUGCUACUGUGGCCUUUUUAAGGAUGUCAGAGCUAACAGAGUGCGACACGGAAAUCUAGGCUACAAAAUACAGGAUUUGAGAAACAUUAAAAGAUUUCCAUGGUAAUCUGUGUGAAAGAGGUUAAAGCUUUAAAAAGUGCUGCCUUCUAAGUAUGAUUAGUAUGUAGCUGUCUUUCUGCUUUCUCCGUCUUAUCACUCUCUGUUGGAAACACGAGCUGAUGUCUCUCCAACUCUUCUCGUGUUUUUUCACGGCAAACUUUCUCACAAGCCUUUCUGUUCUCUCUUUCUCUCUGUUGUGUUUUUCUCCUCCCCCUGCACUUCCUCGACUGUGGCCUGCACGAUUGGUCGGAGGAGGUGGAAAGUUGGCCAAUGAGAAGACAGUUGCCAGGCAGUCUGUACCUUGUUUGGAGGCGGCUGGAGGCUCACACAGCUGUUCCAUUGAAAAGCAGCAGGACAUAAUAACAGGGGCCCCUCGCCAGACACAUACACACACACACACACAAACACACACCCACACACGCACACACACGCUCGCUUCACGCACACACACGCUCGCUUCCACAAAGGCACACAAUGCAGGCUGAAUUGAAUUCUGUGGUCUGAAAAGUUAACUGCGCUACUUUUUCUGUCGACAUAUGUGUCCGUUUAACAUAACAAAUGUGGCAUACAUGUGCUUAGCAGUUAUUUUGAGACAUUUUUCCCGAGUUUUGUCUAGUCCAAAUGCGAUGUUUAUUUUCUUUUGCGUGCAAAAGUUUGGUCUUGGGGUAAUACCUGGCUCUUUAGUGGCAAAAGGUUCUGCUAUGUUGACCAUUUAUUGAUUAACUUUGUUUUUCCUCUCUUGGGCGAAUUUUUCGAAAAAAAAACAAAACUUACUAAAACAAGCUCUUGUAUGUCAUAGAUCAUCAGCGCUGGAUGCACUGUUUUUCAUGCUGUACUAACAGAGGAAACCACAAAAAGAAAAAAGAAUAUAACAGCGAUGUUGUGUUUCAAGGUCAACGACUUGUUUUGCAGUGCUGCAGCGUACCUAAUAACACUGGAGAAUUGUUAACUGGGCCCAAUGACCCACAUCACCCGGCAAAACACUGUGGAUCCAUCUGUCUCUGUGUCCCGCUUUAACAAUGCAACUCCUUUACGCUGUGUGCACUUUUUUCCACCCACAUUUUUGACACCUGUUGCCUGUGAGGACAAAGAAUCAAUCCAAGCUGCCCUUGAGAAUUAAAAAGAUUUUAAAAAAAGCAUAUACAUUUUAAAUGCACAGAGCCGAAUAUGUAUAUACAUGAACUGACACAUGCAUUGUGCGGCAUAUGGUGAGCUUUUCUUGGCUGAUGGCAUCAAUAACAGCUGUCAAAAGUGGCUUCGGUAACAUGAGUCACUCUAGAUGAACAAAGGGGUAUUUUAAAGGACAAAAGCAUCCGCUCUGCUACAGUGCUUCAGCAUUGCUUUUGUUUCAUCUUGCAAUAUGUGGUAGCCAAAUGUCAAAGCUUCUUCAGAUUGUUGCUUUUACACUCUAUUUUUCUAAAAAGAAAAAAAAACUAAUGGAUUGUUGUUGUUUUCUCCAUGGGAAACGUCAAUUUCAAGGGUGUUUGUAAAGGCCUGUACAUGUGAGUCUCUGUGUGUAAGCAAUCAAUAGGCCUCCUGAGUUGUGUUGCUGUUAUAGAGAUGAGUCUUCUUCAACAAAGAAGUGGGAAUGUAAAACAAUUUCAAGGUUGGAUGUCUAGGGUCAUAAAGAAAAAUCUGCUAGUAUGAAAUUGCUGUUCCCUCUUUUCCCACAAGUUAAUGAGUUACUAAUUCAAACACAGUAUAAACCCAUGUUGAAACCCAUGUUGAUGACUUUCUUUGAGUUAGCAGUGCCCUUGUCAUUUUAGACCUAACUGUGCUUUGAUCAGUCUGUCCUGACCGUUGAUGUGAUGUUUAUGAAGAACUGACUGACCCACAGGUUAGAUAAGCUUCAUUAACACUAAAGAAAAAUAUGUUUUUUGCCAGGGUGAGGCUUUCACUUCAAAGGCCUUCUUCCUUCAACUUCAAAUUAAAGUGUAAGGAAAGAGCCAAAGUCCUAUUAUAAUCUAUGUUUUUCUGCCUCAACCUCCUGUUUUACUUUCUGAAUCAUUUUUAUUCUUUAUCCUCAUUUCUCCAAUGCUUCUUGCCAUGUUGACACAAGAACUAAAACAAAACCACCUUCAUUUGGUGAAGCUAUUCUAGGCAGGGUUAAGACAACAGUGCUGUGGGGUGCUCAUGAUUACUUCUAUCCUUUUUGGCCAGAAGGACGAGAAAAUAUUUAGAAAUUCUUAAAAAAGUAUGCAAAAGGAUAGCUAAAGUACAAUCUGUGCACUUCCUGUUUUCAUGCUCAUGUAAGCUCAUGAUUUUCCUGAAAUUCCUCUUUUCUUUUUAGUGCACUUUUGAUAUCAGGAACACAGUCUGGAAUUUUUUAAAGAACAAUCCAUAACCUUGAAAAAUUCCAGUCACUAAAAAUCAUUAACCAUCUACGACAAUAUCAGAUCUUCAAACAACUGAACUGGACUAGUCAGUGUGUUAAUGUUUACCUUAUGUUCUUCUGCCUGAUAACAGAACUGCUGACAUUUAUAAAAGGAAUAGGAAAUACACCACGAAAGGCACAACCUUCAAACUGUUCUUUUCUCAAAGUUUUUCUGCAAAUUAGUUAUGUUAAUGAAUUGGUAUAAUAUAGCAAUAAAAACAUCACAUUAUAUUUAUAUCCAAAAUACAACAGAUCUAAUACUUCCAAGAAGAAGUAUCGGGGUUGGUGCCAGGGGAAGAGAACUGUGCGGUCAACCAACUUUGACAAGCAGUACUUGGCUCAACUUGCUUUACUAUUUCAUCUAAAAAGAAAAAAAAUGAGCGGCUUCAUGCGCACACUUGCACUCAGACUAUGCCCAUAAAACAGAGGUUAUAAACUAAGAUGCACAGUCACAAUAUACAAAAUAAGAGAGGCAAUCCUAUAAUUCUAUAUAAUAACCUAUACACCGGGCCACCGUUACAGGCGACACAACAAAUUUAAGGAUAAACAACCUACUUUAAACCACAUCAUGAACGGGUAUGCAUAAUUACAACCAAACACGCACAGUAUGCUCAUAGUUUUAAAAGUUUAAAAAUAUCUGUCUCAGAGGCCAUAAUAUGCAAAAAAGUAGACAUUUUUCUCAACUGUUAGCACAGAAUAUCCUCACCACCUUGUGAAUGAGUCUAGCACUAGCUCUAAUUAUGGAUACUGUGGUGGUUGCAUGUAUGACUUGAGCAACUAGAAAAUCUGUGCUCAAUUUUUUUGUGAGUGAAAUUCUAGUUGGCCUAUUACUUCAAUGAUUUAUUAACAAAAAUUAGCAGAUAUGUAUGUGUCUGUGUGCUAGCUAGACAUGCUACUUAUUGUUAGCUUAGCACUCCACCCUGUUGACCAAAUGUGUCACUUCUGGCUGCAAAACAAAUAAGAUGGCUAGCCUACGCUAAAUAUGCUAUUAACUGUGCUAACUUUCAAAGCUGGCAAAUAGUGACCCCCAACAAAUGAAUGAUGAAGGAAUAUAGCUUGGAUUCAUCCUAUUUUUAUUACACAGUCAUAGAGGUGAAUAUAUAACCACAGUAUAUGAUCCUAUACAUUCAGAUAGUAUAGAUGCAAACACAUGCUAGGUUUACACAAGUAAUAUCAUUUGCCCUUGAAGGAUAAGAGUGAAUGUCAGUUGUGUGUUCUCCAUUGCGUCAUGCACACUGCACAAAUAUGGGUGCGACACAUUUAGUGGACAAAUUGAUCACAGUCUGUGUCCUUUGCCCUUUGUUAACCCCCACCCCACUGGUGCUACUGCCAGCAGACAGGCUCCAAGCAGAUGGGAUAGUUUGAGGGGGGAGGGUUUAUUUUUAACAGGCUUGUUGUCACUCAAGACUUUUUCUUCUACUUCUUAUCUCUCACUAUUUGAUUUUACUUCAUUCUUCUCUCUCUUGGUCACUUUCUCCCUUAGUUUAUGUCCUCAAGUUACACAGUAUUGAUGUUUGGUCUUUUUAUUGUAAAAGAGACUGUGCACUAGUAAAAAACUGGGUUAAUAUUCUCAUCUAUCACGUGUCCAGUUAUCAACCAAGAUCAGAAAAAGGUCCACUGUGGCUCUGCACAGAGAAUGAACUGAAAUCAUACAUCUUUAUGUGUGACAUUAAUUCAGUCAUAUCUGUGACACACAUGCAGCCAUUCAGACCAAUACCACACCGGUCUGUGAAGCUGAUCUCAACUGUUUGGAGACAAAUACGUUACACAUACCUGUCUUUGAGUUUCUUCUUUUCCACUAAAGCCAAAUUUAAAAUAAAUAACUAAAAGGAUAAACUUCAAACCAAGCAUCUGAUCAUUUGAAACCUUAUAGACGUAAAAAUCCGUGACAAGGUUGAAAAAAGUACGAUUUAAAAUGGUAAAUUAAAAUGAUAUCUGAACAUCUGUUUUUCAUUUGCUUCUUUGGGAUUUGGAGCAUACAACAACAGUAAGGAGUAACUGGUGAGGCUGAUGGGCGGCUUUGAGGAUACACUGGGGGAACAAUCAUUCAACUGUAAAAGUGAUUUGGCUAGGAGGCAAAAGUCCAGACAGACAGAUUGUGGGGUAUAUCAUACACUUUGUCUGUGAAGGGGAAUUUUGAAGCUGUCGAUGGGAGAGACAGAUAGAGAAAGGCUUUGAAAUCGGUUGAAAGGGAGGAGGGGCAAUGUUCUGUAUAAAAUAUCAUUUCAUUUAAACACAUACACGCAUACAGCAGGCCCACAUGCUGUACUGUGAAACACUCUUCCAUAUUUAUAGCCUAAACAGGUGCAACCCUACGAUACCACCUCCACCUCUGUUCCUUCCAGUAUUGCUGCUUUUCACACCUACUCUCCUAUACAUUACGUCACCUCUGACAGGAAAUGAGCCACUACUAUUCAAGCAGCUGUAGAGACCGCUCUCUUCUUAUGGGCUUUCAUUUAGGUUCCCUUCCAUGUCAUUUAUUAUUCAUGUGUAUUAAAGUCAAUAUUGUUUUCUUCUCAUGAUCCAGAAGAACAGAACUGAUCUAGACCCAUACAAAACAUUAAAGCCCAUCUGCUGUGUUUUUUCAGUGCAGUCUUACGUAAUAGGAGGCUCUUUUGGGGCAACUUGAGCAGUUAUGUGUGAACAUGCUGCCACUUUGUGGCCUUGCAAUGCAACUACUAUCAGAUUGUUCUUUCACAUGACAUAUUUUCUACACUAGAGGUCAGCAUUUUAAAGGCAUGCUUGUGUGUGACCAUAAUAAAGUAGUGAAACUGCUUUGGUUUGGUACAAAAGGGCAUAGUCCACAUUUCAAGUGUUUUUGGCUUCUAGUGAGAAAACUCAGUAAAGCUGUUUCUCACAUUUGGAUAUUGUUUUUGAACAAUAACCAAUUUGUAAAGAGUUUCAUCAUUUAUUCUAUCUUGUCUAGUGUGGUUCUAUACUCAUGGAUAAAACUGACUGAAAAGCAUUGUUUGUCAGCUCUGCCUUUGUGUAUUUUCAUGACCAUUUGUGUAUCUGUUUUUUUUUAAAGAUAAACAUAAAUACUCACAUUCCCACACAUAAUAAUGCAAUGGAAAACUAAAAAGCAGUGUUCACCAAAUGAGUUCAAAUGAUUUACGAUGCAACAAAAACACAUUCACAGAUUAUGCGCUUUAAAGACACACAUCUAAAUAAAUAAAUAUCUGAACACUGAAGGGGAACGAAACCAUCUGUUUGACAUUUGCAGUUCGUUUUUCAUUAUUUUUAAGAUGUGUUUUAUACGGCAUGGGAAAAUUCUGUCCAAAAUAUUUACAGCUUUGAAAAUUGGCCCUGAUUUUCAGGCCCUCGCUGAGCACGUUGUGCUUUAAUCCACAUGAUCUUAAAAAUAGUCUGGUAAUGAAUGGUUGUUUUUGCACAACACAACUUUGUUCAGCUAAAGAAAUAGCACAACACAAAUAGUUUAUUUAACUCUUUUUAUUUGAAAUACACAUGUAACCUGAUACAGUGCUGUUUUUCUAAAUGUACAUUAAUUCCAGUGAUCGCCAGGACAAAAAAAACUGAACGUGUGGAAUUAUUUGUCAAAUCUGAUUAACAACAAAAGCACAAGCUCCAUGAUUUGUUGCUCCCAUUGCGAGUGAGAUUUCUACUUUUUUGACAUUUAAUGAGUUGCAGUUUUUUCAGGGUUGAUAGCAGUUUAAUUUAUACUGAAAAUAAUGAGUUGCUGCCCUUGUCAGCACUCAUGCUGCAUACCUUAGAGAGUUAUUAUCUCUGUGCACUGUGGGGCUAGGGCAUGAGUCAUGAAUUGGGUUGUUUUCUGUCUAAGCUAACAUUGUUGUUGUUAAGGCAAAACCUAUCAUGGUCUACUACAGCAAGUAUGCUAGGACAUCUCAGCCAAGUUCAAAAUUAAACCAGACCAGACAUUAAUUUAUUAGAAGUUUGUAAGAUAAAGCCUUGAUUAACCCUUCAUGUCUUUAUAUUUUGCUGGGGGGAAAUAAUAUGCACGUGUGUUUUGUGGCAGGCUGCUCUUAACAAAAUGCUUAAAGAUAAAAUUUUAAAUCGGAUCUUUGCUAAGUUGUGUGUUAUCUGAGAAAGGUCCAUCUUUUGAGUUAGGUGAUGUUUUUAUGGUUGAAUUAUGUAAAGGUCAGUGUUAAGUGGCUUAAGAAACAUUAAAACAUUCCUCUAAAAUGGUCAAGUACACAGAAUGAGUGAAAAAGCAUCCAAAGAAAAACUUUGCUAGACCUCCAGGAUACCUAGAGAGUUAUUACUCUAGACCGAGUCGCAAUAUGAUCUGGCUCCUUGGCUGCAAAACACAAGAACUGAAGGCUGCAACAAGACUUUUGUGCAGUACUGUAACCUAAUGCUGAAGAAGAGAAUAAUACAUCUAACCAUUCAUCAUAAUCAAAUUGCUAUCAUUGGUUUUUGCACUCCUGGAGUACUUUAAAAUAUUAGCAUAUGAGUGAAAGGCCAAGCAGUUUCCAGGAUCCACUUCUCACCCUCAUAUAACCUCUUAGAUGCAAAUGCCUUCGCGUGGCAGAUAGUAGCCACUGUAAAGCGGCCAUCACCUCUGACCCCUCUUCCUAAAGUUGCCCCAUUUUCCCACUAUUGAUCCUUCAGAUUCCUCUGACAUUGAGAGUAAGUGUGACAAUCCUCUUCCAGAUAAAGGCAUUUUAGGAGUUAUUACCCAUGGCUUACCCAGAGCUUAUGUGUGAAACCUCUCCAUACAGAGAGGGGCACUGAAAUGGACCAUUAAAGUUAACUAUGCCGGGGUAGUGUGUGGUUCAAAGGUUGCACUCUUUCUCCUGGAGUAUUCUGUUCAGUAGCUUUUAAGUCUUCUGAUGCUACAGAUAGAGGCACGUGAGGGUCAACUGGAAAAGGCAGACAAUAAGGGAAUUCAGCAUGAUGGGUAAGCAACUCUCAUACAUCAGUUGAGCAAUGUCUUUGUUGUGCUGUCCUUAACCUUCGUUAUUUUACUCUAUUAUCAUAUUUAAUGUAUUAUUUUACUGUAUUCAUAUUAUCCCUUUAUAAUUUUGGGAUUCUGCAUUCUAUGUGUAUUUAAUUAAUUUAUUUAAUUUUUUAGUUUUUUCACCAAAAAGUUAUUUAAAUAUGAAGAUGUGUAAAUUGUUAUUAUUUGAUAUCGGGGGGUUUUUUAGAAUGUGUUUGAAGCCAGAAAGAGGUCAGACCUGUUAAAAGGGAAUGAAAAUCAAAACCAAGUACAUGUUAUGGGACCUAAAAUGUAGCACACAUACACAUGGUCAUUUAUUAUAUUGUAUUACAUACAGAAGCCAUUCGUAACUUUCUAGGAAACUGGAGAUUCAUACAAUCAGUUCAUGUUUUUAAACCUGUUAAGGUUUAAAAGCUACUGGUCAAAAAUAAAUGUUUAGCACACUUUAAAUAUCUGUGGCUCAGGAUAAAUUCAUCAGAAGGGGUGAAUAAGGCUUGUACAAAGAAGUGCUCAAACAGAUUAGAAAAGUGCCAUUUAUUGAUUCAACAGGUUUAUAAAUGUAACCAGAUUUUAUUUUUAACGCUGAGAAUGUUCUUAUGACUCUUGUCUGAAAUUUGUUUUACUGAUAUUUGUCCCUCAACAGAGAAAAUAGAAGUGCUGACACUCACACUUGUCCUGCUGUGCACUGUCUCUGGAUUUUCACAGAGACUGACUUUCGCUCAGAUAGACGGAUGGAACAGCCAUGACCAGUCUGACUUGAGAAAUAAGGAGCUUAGCGAUGUCUUUACAUCUGCAGAGAUGAGAAAAAAUGGCGCCGAAAAUAUUACUGAGGAAUCCACUCAAAUGACAAAAACUGAGGAACAGAGGGGUGAAAGGAAUACCUCAGAGAGGAACCCUACUAGAGAGCUUGUUGAGAAAGUAAAGACUGUGAAGGAAAGAAGGGGAGAUGGACUGACUUCACAGAUAGAAACAGAAAUGGAGGAAAACACAGAGCGUGAAACGACCACAGCUGGCAGUAUAGAAGGACUCUUUGUAAAGAAAAGUGAUGAAGGGUACACCCCUGAGACAUUUCUCACAAGUAGUCUUUUACACGAAGCAACAAAAAGAGAGAUCUACUCUGUACCAGACACAGCUGAAUAUGUAGAUACAGAUAAAGAGGUUGCAUCGAAAAUGAGAGAAAAUGGACCGAGUUUGGACCCUGCCUCAAAGACAGAGACACACAAUGAGAGCAGUAGACUGACACGUACUGGGGAAAAAUGGAAAAUAGAUCAUGAUCAUGAUGCAGUGAUACCAGAGGAAGCGAAUCACAACAGGAUAGAUGUGAAAGUGAAGAGAAGUGAUCAAAUAGAGAGGCAAAAACAAAAAAUGGUUGAAGAGGAGCAAGAAGGAGAGCUAGUUGCAGGGAUCAGUCAUCAGGAGAAGAGAAGAGCGGCACAAACUAUAAAAGAAAUAGGAGACAAGGAGAAGGGCGCAAAAAAGAGUGAGGACAUAGCCCAUGCAGUCUAUAAGGAAUUAACAGAAAAAGAAGAUCAGGUAUUAAUUAACAACAUUGCAUCUCCUUUAAGUAUAUUUCCUGCUCAGGUAGAAAAUGCCACAAUUCAAAUUAUCAUCCGUUCUCAAAAUAAGCCUCCCGCUUCUCACAUCUCCCCUUCACUUCCUGUCACACCCACACAAAUUCCUCCAGACUCCUCUCACCCUCCCACCCUUUACACCACGGAUAGUUUUCAGUCUCCUUCUGUCAAUAUUCACAUUCCUAACUCAGUCAGUCACAUCACAGACUUAACAGAGAGUCUGGGGGGCCAUCUCAAGCAGAAAGAAAUGGAAGUGAAGGCUGGCUCAGUUAUAGAAGAUGUAAUGGCUAAAAAUGUUUUGUUGAAACCAGCAUGGAAAGAGGUACAAACACACAGAGCAGAGGACAAGGGGGAAAUAAACAGAGUUGUGCAACCAUAUGAGGGGGAAUUUAUCUUGUUGGUCCAAACAGCAACAACACAACCCAACGAAGCAAAGUUUUUCACCAGAGAGCCAAACUCAACAUCAAAAAUAAAUGCAGUUUUAUCUGCUGAAGUGCCUCGGCUUGCACACAAAUCAAACACGUCGCAGUUGAUGGGAAAAUACCGAAAUGUUGAACUGAUGGAGAAUUACACCAAACUUACAGGGAAGCAAAAUAAAGCAUCUUCUCCGCAACUACAGCUGAACAAAUCUUCAGCCAAACCACAGCUCGGAACUGCCAAAACACCUUCACCGAGGCCAGUGAAAAACAACAAGCAAAGCAAAAAUAAGACCAUCAAGAAGUCCAAGGAAAAGAGAAGGAAGAAGAACAAUAAAACCCAAAAGCCACCAAAAAAGAAGAAAGAAAUCUUACCACCAACGCAGUUUCCUUACUUUAUGGACAACUAUUGUCCAAUCCAGUGUGCCUGCUAUGGAAGAGUGGUCCAGUGCUCAGACAAAGGUGUGGAUAAGGUUCCUUAUGGUAUCCCCUAUAAUUCCCGCUACAUCCUCCUUAUGAAUAACUACAUCAACAGCAUCCAGCUGGACCUGCUAAAUCAAUAUGACUCUAUGGAGUUCCUUGUACUAAGCAACAAUCGUCUCACAGAUGGUUCAAUUGAGGGAGCUUUUGAAGGGGUCCCAGCUCUGAAACGCCUCUACUUGGAUAGGAAUCUCUUACAAAGGGUGCCAGCAGACCUUCCAGCUUCUCUGGAGGAGCUUCGUCUGGACAACAACCGCCUGACCGUGAUCUCGAAGGCAGCCUGGGCAUGGUGCCCUGGCCUCUUGGUUCUGAGCCUCAGCAACAACAGCCUUGGGAAUAAUUCAGUUCCUAAUGGCGUGCUCUCCCCUCUAGGGAACCUGGAAUAA